UCCGUGGGCGGGGGGGCCCCCUUCCAGCGGCUCGUCUUCUUCCUCCUCAGCGCCAGCAUCGUCCCCAACGGCUUCAACGGGAUGUCGGCCGUCUUCCUGGCCGGCACCCCCGAGCACCGGUGCGCCGUGCCCCGCGGGGCCAACCUGAGCGGCGAGUGGCGGAACGCCAGCAUCCCGCUGGAGCUGCGGGGCGGGCGGGAGGAGCCGAGCCGCUGCCGCCGCUACCGCCUGGCCGCGCUCGCCAACUUCUCGGCGCUGGGGCUGCGGCCCGGCUCCGACGUGGAGCUGGGGUCGCUGGAGCAGGAGCCGUGCCUGGACGGCUGGGAGUACAGCCGCGAUGUCUACCGCUCCACCAUCGUCACCGAGUGGAAUCUGGUGUGCGAGGAUGACUGGAAAGCCCCGCUGACCACCUCCCUCUUCUUCGUGGGGGUCCUCAUCGGCUCCUUCAUCUCGGGACAGCUCUCAGACAGGUUUGGCAGGAAGAACAUCCUUUUUUCGACAAUGGCCGUGCAGACUGGCUUCAGCUUCCUGCAGAUCUUCUCUACCAGCUGGGAGAUGUUCACAGUGCUCUUUCUCAUAGUGGGAAUGGGACAGAUCUCUAACUACGUGGUGGCCUUCAUACUGGGAACAGAAAUUCUUGGCAAAUCAGUUCGUAUUGUAUUCUCUACAUUAGGAGUUUGCAUAUUUUUUGCAAUUGGCUACAUGUUGCUGCCACUGUUUGCUUACUUCAUCAGAGACUGGCGGAUGCUGCUGCUGGCGCUCACUGUCCCGGGGCUGUUCUGCAUCCCGCUCUGGUGGAUCAUUCCUGAAUCCCCUCGGUGGCUGAUCUCCCAAGGAAGAUAUAAGGAGGCAGAAGUUAUUAUCCAAAAGGCUGCAAAAAUAAAUGGCGUUCCAGCCCCAGCCGUGCUUUUCGACACCGCGGAGAUGCAGGAUUCGAAGCCUCAGCAGCAGCAGAAGGCUAUCCUUCUGGACCUAUUUCGAACCCGAAACAUUGCAACUAUUACUAUUAUGUCAUUACUUUUGUGGUUUUUCACAUCAGUUGGUUACUUUGGCCUGUCCCUCAGCACUCCAAACUGGCAUGGAAGUGCCUACAUCAACUGUUUCCUCUCGGCUGUUAUUGAAGUUCCAGCUUACGUGAUUGCCUGGCUUCUCCUCCGCUCCUUCCCUCGGCGCUACUCCUUAUCUGGCACCCUGUUUCUAGGGGGAGGUGUUGUCCUCUUCAUUCAGCUGGUUCCUGCAGAUCUUAAUGUUCUGUCCGUUGGCCUGGUGAUGCUUGGAAAAUUUGGCAUCACAGCUGCGUUUUCAAUGCUUUACGUCUACGAUGUGGAGCUAUAUCCAACACUAGUGCGAAACAUGGCAGUCGGAGCUACUUCCACAGCUUCCAGGCUGGGCAGCAUCAUUGCUCCUUACUUUGUUUACCUGGGUGCCUAUGACAGAUUCCUACCAUAUAUCCUGAUGGGAAGCCUGACUGUGCUGAUUGGGAUCCUCACCCUGUUUCUCCCGGAGAGCUACGGCAAUCCCCUGCCUGAGAGCUUUGAGCAGAUGCUGAAGGUGAAAUGUUUCAGAAAUGGGCAACAAACCACUGGCAUUAGGAAUUCAAAGGAGAGUCCUAAAAUGCUGGUAACACCCUUGUGA